AUGCUCACGUCAUCCAGUUGUAUGUGGAUAGUGCUUUUCUGUUUAUAUCUUGCUAUUCAAAUCGAAAGCGAAAGCAAGCUGUCAGUCAGUGGUGUAGUGUCACUAGAAUCUCUAUCAUCGAAAGCCAAAAGAUCUCAUUGUGUCGAUCGUCUGCAGAAUCAAGACGAAUCUGAUAUUGAUUGUGGUGGAGAAACCUGUCCAAAAUGUGAGAACGGAAAUGCUUGCGAUGACGACAGAGACUGUCUGACCAAUACAUGUAGAAAGAAGAAGUGCGUUCCGUUCGAAUCGUGCGCUGACAACAUCAAGAAUCAGGAUGAGACAGAUAUAGACUGUGGUGGGUUAAAAUGCCCAGCGUGUACAGACUUGAAGAUGUGUAAGGAGCAUCGUGAUUGUAACAGUGCUCUGUGCGAAAGAAAAAGAUGUUCAAUUGUUGAAUCGUGUGAGGACCAUGUAAAAAAUCAGGAUGAGAGUGAUGUUGAUUGUGGUGGGGUGAAAUGUCCACGAUGUGCACUUGGAAGGAAAUGUAAAGCCGAAUGUGACUGUAUCAGUGAUUCUUGUAAGAAUAAGACAUGUGUUGUGGCAGAAUCGUGUCUGGAUGGUAUAAAAAAUCAGGAGGAGACAGACAUCGACUGUGGGGGUGAUCGAUGUGCAAAAUGUGAAGACUUGAAAAAAUGUAACAACGACUGCGAUUGUAUUAGUGGCUUAUGCGAAAACAAUCAGUGUGCUUCAUCAUUCCAGGGAAAUGAAACUUCAGCUGAAUCCAGUACAGUGACAACCGUAGAUUCAGUAUCUACUGAUUCAACUGAUUGGACAACGACUUUAUCACGCGAGAGUACAACAACAACAUCGACAUGGAUGACUACUUCAAUAAAUACGUCCAUUAUCUCAACAAAUGGGACCGGUAUCCCACUAAAUAGAACUUCAGCGUCAGCAAUAACAAUAACAACAACAACAACAACAACAACGCCUAGUGCAGUCUUAUUAAAUGGUACAUGCAUAUCGAAAUCAAUCGUAUGGAAAGGGUAUACGUGGUGCCUUCGUGACGAUGUGAGCAGUGGAUCAGGUUAUUAUCCUGCGCUGUCUUUUGAAUUCAAAUAUUCACACAGUUAUUCCUACAUAGGUUCAAACGAAUACAAGACUGAUAAUGUGUGGAUUGAUCAUAAAGGUUUAUUACAUCUUCGAAUAUCCAACACAUCUAAUAUCUGGUCAAGUGCUGCCUUAUACACGACGGAUCGUUUUACUUUUGGCACUUUUCAAUGGCAAAUUGAAGGAUCUCUGAAUGCAUUGGAUCCGAAAGUAGUUUUAAGUUUGUACACAUCUAUCUCGUUGACUGUUGAUACAAUGCGAACAAAUGAAGUCAACAUCGAAUUCACUAGAUGGGGGUUGAACCCAUUAGUGUCACCGAACUUAUUUUAUAACGUCUGGCCAGCGAAAAAUAAUGAAAGCAAAACUGGAAGUUCAUUCUUUUACAACCAUAAAAAUAUUUAUACGACUCAACGUUUUAUCUGGUCAUAUGAAUCAGUUGCAUUCAAAUCAAUCUCUGGAUUUCGGAAUGAUGAUGCUGAUUCAGUUCAAUCAUGGCAGUCAUCCUCGGAUUUUUCGACAGCUGUACCGCAAGAAUCAGCAGCCGUUCACAUGAAUCUACGUAUCUUCCACUCGAGCAACAGCGAUUGCUUUCCAAGCGAUGGUAAACCAGUUGAAGUUAUCAUUCAUGAUUUCAUCUAUCGUCCACCAAAACCUUCGGCAGCGUUAGUGCUGACAUAUGAAAUGCGACUAAUAAGCUUAUUAACUAUGUUUUCAGUUUUUUGUACAUCUACAAUGUGA